AUGGAGAAGUUUGAAGCACUUGUCCAAACAUGUGUUGAUUUUGUCCUUCCAUCUUUCAAGCAAUUGGCUCGGCGAGCAGACAAUAUACUGGACGAACCUCUUGAGGAAAGUUCAUUCGCAGCCGAGGUAGUGCAGCUAAAAUGGCCGGCAAUUCAAAGUGGUGAGAUUGCGGAGACAAACCUGGACGCUUUUAUUUUACUGGUGGCAACGAGAGGGAUAUCUGAUACAUUAACUCUGGAGAGUGACCAUGACGAAGCGACACUGAGGAAUGGCAUCCUGGUCGCAGCCGUUGUCCUUGACUUUUGCUUUCAUUCGCGGAAAUAUAGGCAAAACCCUUCGACGUGGUCUAAUUCGUAUUUUGGGCUCUUUUCCUCGGUUGUAGAUAGUUUGAGCUGGCCAAGAGGGCUGUUGGAGUUCUGGCCAUACGCAGAGUCUCGUAUCGAGUGGUUCAAGAUGUGCAACAGUAUAGAUGUCGUGCCUGUUGGAACGUCCAACUUAGUCAGCUAUAAGCAGCCCUUGUACGAUAAGUUGAGAUAUUGGAAUGAACUAUUGACAACAGUGCAGAACAAUAGCUACCUGAACACACCACUUCACUACGAAAUGAAGUUCAAAUUAGAAAAGUUUCUGUCUGAGCUUCUUCCGAUAUCCGAAGAGUCCAACUUCAACAGGUCCGCCAUGUUUUCGACCAAAUUGAGCUCUGGAAACCCUUGGAAUAAGACUAUAAACAGCAGUACCAGGUCAGAUUCGUCGUCAGAAAAUGUCUUUGCCACGGACUUCAACUAUGUUUACAGCAAUUUGAUUUCAAAUCCCUUGGAAUUCAUUUAUAAACCGCUAGAAUUCAAGAUCGACUUAGAUAAAACGCUUAGUGCCCUGUUGGAUGCAAUCUUUGAGGUUGAAGAGGAUUUUCACAAAAAAAUCGACAUAUCACGCAAGACCGUUUCAAGCAUUAAUGAGAAACUCAACUAUGACUUUCCGCCGGAUUUCGAGCUAUCGGAAUCCAGGGUCCCAAACUAUAUCGCCAUUUCUGAGAAAUUUAACAGAGAAAGACAAACAUACUGGACAGGCUUUGUUGGUUUGAAAGUGUCGCUCUCUUCUCUACUUCAACCUACGCCUUUCGAUAUGUCCAUGUCACAUCCACCUAUGUUGUAUGAUCAGAUAAUGGAACCUGAAAAUGACUAUUUCCGGAAACAGUUCAUACUUCAAAUAUGCUUCACUAUGAACCUGAUUCGUCAAAUAGUCACCUCAUCCGAUGUCGAAAACUAUUACAAGAGUUGUUAUCAAAAAGAGAGACCCUCGCGAAGUAUAAAGUUCGACAGCUUAAAUGAAGCGAAUCACAAGAAGACAAUAUCACUUUGUGAUCACAUACUGAACAACUACAUCAGCAAGUUUUAUCACCAGAGAGAUCCCCUCUUUGCCUCCAUCAUUGAGAAAGUACUGAAAGCGGACGAGGAAUUCUUGAAGUCAAAGAUGGAUGGAUUCAAAAGCUUUCAUUCGUUUGUUAUCCCUCAGGAGGCCAUCGAGGGCCGCAGUAUAGAUUAUUCAUUCAAGAAAUUUGGAUUUGUGCCACUUGGCAAUAAAUCCAUCAAUAACGUUUGGAAAAUUAAGACAGGACUCGAUCAGAUAGAGACAUGUCCCAACAAUGCUAAGGAUUUCUUCGAAGACUUGCGCAGUAACUUGACCUCCAGUGAAGAACAGGCUCGCCCGAGAGAUAUCAUCAAAGACUGGCAAACUUUGCGACGCCUCAGGUCGCAAUAUCUCUUUGAUUUUAACAAAGUUAACGAAGAGAUCGGUAUAAAUGGCUUGUUUAGCAUGUCUCCGAUCGUUGCUAACAAUUUGAAGAAGAGAAAAGCCAUUGACAUCAUGCUGGAGCGAUUGAAGGAGCCACAUUUGCGGAAACUUGAGGCUGCACGAAAGUUCAGCUCGGAGAGACUGAAAAGGAAAAGAGAGCAGGAGGCAGAACAUGAACAUGCUACGCUCAAACAGCGCAAAUUGGAUGAAAGCGAGAUUGGCCCGACUGAUCUGACACAGGAAGAAAUGGAAAAUUCGCAAAAUUCUGGUCAACAAACGCCAGAACUGCCUAUAAAGCAUCAGAAGGACCAAGCUCAGUGGAACGAUGAACAAUUACCGAAAGAUAGCAAUGAGCAAACUGACCUUGCGAAAGAGGGCAGUGAGCUAGCUAAUCUUUCUGAUAGACCACAGUCCGCUAUAGAAUCACCGAAGUUGCAGUCUACAUGA